AGAGGCUCGGUGUUCGCAGUAAAAACCGAAAGACCGCAAGGAAAUCGAUCAGAACUGUUUACCUCUUGCCCCGUACAGAUGAGGAGCGUGGCCGAGCGAAAACGCCUUUUUCAUACCACCAUACUUUUGUUUUUUACCUUUUGCGGCCGAUAAAAAACUAGAGAUAAUUUCAAAAAAGGGUUUCCAGCUUUUGGAUCGUGGAGGAUCCGAGCAUGUCGUGUUGGGAGACCUUUCAGACGUUAGACGUCCAACAGAAAAAUACCAUUCUUUUAGAGCUUCAACAAACUUAUGGCGGCUCAUUUGAAUUCGAUGCAUCCAUAUAUCUGAUGCAAUGGCUGGAUCAGCAACCAUGGUAAGACUUAAGUUUUGCUGUGGUGUCCUUGUCUUUAUAAUGGUCGUAAAAGUUGUUGUGUUUUAGAAAGGUUUUGAUGACCUACUUUUUGCAUUUUGGUUGUUUUUUGUUUGUGCAUUGAACAGCAGCACAGUCCUACCAAGAGGAACCUAUGUUUAAAUUGACCACCCCCACCCCCGUCAUAAUGUCAGCGACAGAGUAUAACUCUGCAUGCAGUUGGAAAUUGUAAUGUUGUCUGAGCACAAUCAUAGCUUUCCACUUCCUGAAUACCCCUUAGCAACAGUGUUUCUUGCCCAUGUGGGAGAACCAGUAUAGAAAGAUUAAUUUUAAUGUCAAAAGAAUUAAUAACUGUAACAUGAUUUUGCAGUUUUUUCACUUUAUAGCAUUCCUGGAUUUAAUUCAUUAAAAAUUUAUUGACAAUUUCUCUGUUCUACUUUAGGCUUGAAAAUACAAUGUGCCAAUAUUGAAAAAAGCAUUGUUUACCUUUUCUGGAGUGGUUAUCGCAAGCUCCUUUCCUUAAUUAACAAAUAUGUAGAAUGAGUUUUUUUGCCAUUUUUUAACGAGAAUUUUGUAUCUCUAGGGGAGAAACUUAUAAUGAUAAUCUUGAGGGAGAAAAUAUUAUCAAAGCCAAGCAGCUGAUGGAUGAUACAAUAGCCCAGCUCUAUGAACAUAAAAAGAAGGUAUCUAUCAAUACAGUAUACUGAUUCCAUCUGCCCCAUGUUUGCACAAGGAAAGUGAAAUCUUGAGGUCUCCAAACAUAGUUGGCUGAAGCUUUCACUUUUCAUCGCUAAGGAGUGUUAACUGUUUUACUUUGGGUAUGCUGUAGGUUGCUUAAUUUGGCCUUCAGUCAGUUAAACCUGCAAAUCCAUCUCUAAUGUGAAUGCACUAUAAAUUAUGUCCCUCUGAUAGUAGAUGCUAAAAUAAAUAUUGUUUCUUAAUAUUUGUGAAUAAUUGUUGGGUAUUGAAUGCUAAAUGUCAUCCAUGUUUUAAAAGAACAUUGUUACGUGAUUUUUUCAGUUUAUCUGAAGAAAUAAAGGCUCGGAGCACAAAGCUCAAGAAUAAUGAUAUAAAACAGCAGUUGUUCAGAUAGCAUGCUUAUGCAGUGAUUGUUAAGGUGCCUUGUCUCAAUAUGGUUUACAAAAAUCUUGUUUAAUUGCUGUUAAAAAGCUAGAUCAAAGGACACUGGAUAAAAUCUACAGGAUUUUGCAUACUUCUCAGUUUGCUGUGGGCUACAGUAGAGUAGUUCUAAUUUGGCUGUAAGUGUUUUGAUCAGUGCUAUUUAUCAUUAAUUUACAGCUGGACAGCUUGGCCUCAAUUUCAGUCAAUGAUUUUCAUAACGUUUUGUUGGCAAAAAAGGUCCAGGAAGUGAUAGAACAAAUUGAGGUAAUUUGCAUUGUUUUGUUUACCAUUUAUGAAUACACUGCAGUGAACAAAAAUUAUCUGUGAAAUAACAAGGAAAAGAAGCAAAAAUGGGUUCCUGCAGACGUCGAUUUCGUUGUGUGUUUUUGAUCAAAUUGUAGGUUUUUCAGGUGAAAUCGUUGUAUGUUAAGAAUUGAUUUGUGUGGUUAUGUUAUUAGCGAGCUCUGCACAACCACAAACCAACCACAAUAAUGACAGGCAAAACAAAAACUCCAAAUGUACAGCACACUUUUUGGCGGGUUUUCUUGCCAUCAUUGAGUGACUAACACUAUCAAACAUGAUUGAAAUGACAAUGCGAUAGUCGCCUUAAUCUCUAAGAUUGUCACAACUGUUAUUUCAUCAGAAAUACCCAUGCAGAGGCUCAAAAGUAUCUCCACAAACAUAAGUCUUCCCAAUCAUAAGUCUACCGUAUCUCAGGAAAAUAUUAUUCAAACCUUGAGCCUUGGGAAUUAACACCUUUCUCAAUCUGCAUACUUCUUCAUACUAUACUAAGCCUUAUCCAGUAAUUGUCAAAUUUUUUAAUGAAUGUAAAUGCACGUAUUACUACAUACUGCACUUACAAUUUAAUUUAAUUUAUUAAGACAUAUUGGACCCUCAAUAAGAAACAUGACAGAACUGUGUUUUUCACUUGUCAGGCAAAGUAUGGCAAUGAUCCAGUGAAGCUGUUUGACUUUUUCCAUGGAGUUGUUUCUAAGCUGAGGGAGUUAGUCAUAAGUGCAACAACUGUAAGUAAACUCAUUUUGGGUGUAGGUAUUGAGUCUUGCAUCAUUUUAAAUGAAAGUAGUAUCCCAAUAUGACUUGAACUAUAUUUCAAGGGACAUUUUAUCACUUGAGUUAGCUGGUUCAUGUUGGGAGAGUUUACUGUUAAAUUUACAUUUUUGUUGCAAUGAUUUGUUGGAAUAAAGACUUAUAAGAGUUAAAAAGUUAUUAUUCAGUCGCAGUAGUCAAUAUACAUGUAAUUUUCAUGCACUUUCAGGAAUUUACAGGACUUUUUGCUUAUUAUUUUAUCCUGGCACUGUAAUGUCACUUGCCAUACUAAUGAACAACAAAACAUGCUUUUUAAAUGAGGAAGUACAUGUAUGUUAAGUGGCUAGGAACCCCCUAGCUUAACUAUACAGUUGACUCCUGAUAAUUCGAACUUUCAAGGGAAAUAGAAAAAAGUUCGAGUUAUUGGGAGUUCGAGUUAUCGAGGGUAAAAUUACAUGUGUAUAGAAAACGAUCUGAAGGGAAUUGAAAAUUGCUUUGAGUUAUAUUAACGGGAGAUUCAAGUUAUAAUGGGUUUUAGUUACCGGGAGUCGACUGUAGUAUCUGGGAUGAUUGGUGUUUAGCUCCCAGUCCUCUUGUUGCUCUAUCCUCAAUCCUUUAGAUAGGGUGCAGAAAAUGUUUGGAAACUAUUGAACUAUUGAUAUCUCCCGAGUAGAUUUCACAUCAUAAUUUGUAGCAUUCAGGCAUUCAGAGAUUUCGCUGCAUGAUGAUGACAAAGUGAAAAUGGCCUUAGAUUAGCCUUAGAUUUUUCUUCUAUUUUCCAAUGAAAGUAGCCAGAGCCACAUGUAUUCAUAGUUGGAAAUCCCCAGCCCCUGGCUCUUAAUGACAGCCCUGAGAUACAUGCACAUGUAGUUUAGUCUGAAUACAAAAUAAUAGAGAUACAUAUAUUGUGUGAAAUUGCCCCAUCACAUAUAAUAUCGGCCCUGUCCUCUCGAAUAGAUCAUGCGCAUGUACAUAAUUUUGUAGAUGUGGCUUUAAUUCCUGUGAUAUGACUUUAGUAUUAUAAGUACAUCAAAUAGAGGUUUUUAAAUACUUAUUAGAAGAGAAUUAAUGUUUUAUAACAUUUUACAUCUUCAGAUUCCUUUAGAAAAAUUGUCAACUAUAGACUCCGAGGACAUGGAUAUGGAAGAAAGUGCUCCACCAGAUCCCCAUGCUGGUCUGCGGCAAGAGCUUGAAUCGCUUGCUAAGGAAAGCCAGGUAUGACUGUACCUUUGGCUUUCUUAACUGCCUUAAAUGGAAAUAAACUGAUGUCCAAUUAAGUUGAUUAUAACAUUCCAAGAAAGAAACCAUUUUAAUUUUCUGGAACGCACAUUAUUAUCAUUGCCUUGUUUUACGCAUAGUCUUUUAUCAAAUUACCAUUCUGUUUUCUAGAAAAAUGAUGGGCUUCUUAAAGAGAUUGAACAGCUAAAAGAACAAUAUGUGAUAAAGUUUCAGGAAGUCAGUGUAAGAAUAGGUAAGUGAACUAUGUACAGCUGUGGUAGAUUUUUAUCUUCUGUACUGUUGACAUUGGCCAUUAGAAUUAAAAUGGUUCUUGUGGUCUUGCAUUAUCCAAUUUGCUCCAGUAGGAGAUCAAUAUCAAGUGGUUGCCUGUGGGAGCUGGUCAAUACCAAUUGAAAAUGUUUCAUAAUUUACUCCCACCCCACCCCUUCCUUAAAACUUGUCAUGGUCACUAAUACCAGAGGUGGUCAUUUAUUAGAGGUUCUAACUAUAUUAAUUCAGUGGAAAAAGUUUGGUGUUUUGGGAAGUUGACCGUUACUUGGAGUUGGGCGUGUAUGGUCUUGUAGGCUUGACUGUAUUUACAUAAGUUUUACAUGAAUAACAUAAAGUUCUACUUCUUUUACAGCUCAGAUUGAUGCACAGAAAAACCAAAUAAACAGUUCUACCCAAAUGAUUGAAAAAGAAAAGGUUAGUGUUACAUGUAUAAUAGGGAUGCUCAGUCUCAUUGUUUAAAGAUGCAGAUUUACAAAGAGUUUUACAAGACACAUGGGUGAUGCACAUUGCUCCAAGAUCUGUUAGUCAUUAUGACUUUACAGUGGAUGAUUCAGUGAUGAUUUGCCACAGUUAUGUUAUGAAAGAAACUGACGGUUAAUUCUCUUUCUAAACUCCCUUGUACUUUUCUGUGACACAAAGGAGAAUGUGACAUAAGGUCAGAGUAACCCCCCUUUCAGUAUUGUGAUACCCUUGUCAGGUGUUUUUGCUAGCUAACUUUCCAAUGUCAGUACUCAACUUGCUGUACAUAUUUAACAAUUAUUCCUCGAGCCCGAAUGGACUAUUGACUCAGAGGCCAUGAGGGCGAGAGGAAUAAUUGUUUUAGUAAAAUCCAGCUAGUUGGUCAAAAAUAUCGAGAAUAAAAAACUUUUAGCUAGUUAAAGCUAGACUUUAAUCCUUUUUUGCCGCCAAAAAGCCCGCGCCUUUCAAAACUAGUGGGCUAUAACAUAUCAAUUCAAAGUAGACAGACUGCAAAUUAUAGUAGUUGCUAAAAAAUAUAUCUACGUGUCCCAAUUAUUGUUCAUCAGUAGGAUGCCUAAAAUGCAUGCAAUUCCACAAUUGGUUUUGGCUCCAUUAAAUUCUAUACCAAUUGCAGAACAUUUUAGGAGGAGCCACCCACCGUGUGAGCACAGUCGCGGACAACACCUUUUAGUGAGGAAAAUAACGCAAAGCAAAACUAAGACAUUAUUAAACGAACUAAAUGUACACACAACUUAAAUAAAUAAAUAAAUAAUGCACAUGCCCAAAAUUAAAUUGCGUGCGCGCACGUACCAAUAUACAACUGAAAUAAAAAUCCAAGUAAUAAAUAAGCAAUUUAAGGAUACCAUGGUGCAAUUUAAGCCUGGAUUGCUAAUCUCAUCUCCCGAAGGGCUGCACCAUACUUCUCUACUAGCCUAGUAGUAGCGCAACCAAGUAAAAUGCAGCAUUGAUCAUAGACCACUAGUUGUAUUUUCCUAAAAAAAUAAUAGUCAUGUCUUACAUGUAAUUUAUAAUGUGUUCAGAAACAAAGGAUGGAAAAACUGAAGCAAGAAUCAGACAGACUCCAGCAGGAGUUAAGCAAGAUGGGAGAAGAACUGUCAAUAAACAAGAGACUGGUAACAGUCACAUUUUGUUCAAAUAAUGAAGCAAAUUAAUAUAAAUUGUAAAAACAGUGCAAUGCAACUUGUGCAUGCAUCAGAGAGCCAACCUCUGGAGAUCUAAAAUCUGGGGUCUGUUUCUUUUGUAUCCCCCCAACAUCAACCACUAUGUCCCCUCCUAAGUACAAAUGACCCAGUCUCCAUUAAUUAUAACAUGGGUGGGUCAGGACAUAAUUUAUGAAUUCUUAUGUGAAUAGAGAACUUUUGAAAUUUUCUGUUACAUUGUAUGACAACUGAAAAUUGUCAUGUCAGUGAUGAAAGACAUGCAAAAAUGCCAGAGGAAAAGCACUGUGAUGACAAAUAUUUUUGAAUCUUUUUAGAAAAUGGACUUUAUUUGAACCUAAUGAACAGAAAGUUUCAAAAGUUGUCCUAUCCGGGGGACUCCCAGAUAAUCCAGGAGAGUUGGUAUACACUGUAUAUGAUGCAUUGAAACUGUGAUGCAUGACACAGGGGUUUCAAUAAUUUUCAUCCAGCUGGUCAGUAUGUAGAAUGGGGAGGCAAGACCCAUUUGAUUGAGGGAUUAUUUUACAGACAAUUUUGCUCUGGUAAUUUUAAUCGUGAUUGUUCUUACAGUUCAUAAAAAAUGAUUGUCAUAAACAAACUUUCUGAAGGCACCAAUACCCGUGGCAGCAGUCGAAUACUUGUAACUGGCGUUUAUUGAAACCCCAGCUAUUUGACCAUUGCCACCAAUAACUAAACUACCUAUAUAAAAUGACUUUCCUCAUUACCUUCUGAUAAGUUUUUCAUAUUUUGGAGCUGACAAAUGUUUUGCCAUAACACUACAUGUAUAAACAUCAAGGUGCUGAUUAUGCACCUAUUUUGAGUCUUUGUUAAUUUCCACAGGGCUUCAUAGAGAGUGUUUGCCAUCACAUUAAAAAGUUAUCAGAGGUAGAAAGAUCUAUUUUUGAAGAAUUGGCCGAGUGGAGGCAUUUGCAGCAGAGGUCUCUGUGUGGCUUUCCUUGCCCACAAGCUCUUGACAAACUUCAAGAAAUGUAUGUUGCCACAUAAUCUGUUUGUUUUUAAGUGUUAUUAAUCAAAAUCUUAAUGUUGUCAAAACAACAUUUUUAAAAGUACUCCAUAUCUGUCUUAUUGUGUGUGUUUGCAGAUGUGAGGUACUUGCAGAGCUUCUUUGGGAGCUGUAUAAACAGGCAUCACAGGUGCAUUCUUAAAAAAAGUUACUAGUAAAAAUUAAUAAUAAGAUUUUAUGCUACUUUAACUAUUAUAGUGAAUUUCAUGUAUAAUAUGGUGAUUUGGUGUCAAAGGGUUAUGCAUAGUUUGUUGAACAUAAUUAAAAUUUAGUUGAAAUUUGAAAUUGUUCCAACAUUGCCUAAAUUUCACAUACAGACUUGUUCUGGAUUAAUUAAUCGCAGUAAUAGACCCAACUUUUGCAGUUGUGAAAAGAAAAGCCUGAAAAAGUACGGCUUGUAUGGGAUUCAAACCCUUGACCUCUGUGAUACUGGUGCAGUGCUCUACCAAUAAUAUUGCUCAACCUAACAUGCUAAUUGGUAGUAGAUCUGGACAAUGAUAUUCAGGCAUUUUUCUAUUAGUUUGCCUUUCAUUUCUGAGAAGAAACAUAUUUUUACCAUAUAAAAAACACCCAAAUUUGUCAGACGUGUCCUUUUUCCAGUGACCCCAACAAUAAAUUGGUAAAAGGUGAGUUAGUACGUAUGCUUGUACAUAGUGCUGCACAAUAUGUACAAAACUCCUUCUGUACCUUGCAAAAUGAGCUGACUAUAAAUUAUAUGCAAUGGAAAUAUUAUUGUGAUAGAGAUGAAGGUACAGAAAUAUGAAAAACUGUGCAUCCUGAACCUCUGUUUUGAGUUUUAGAUGUGAUCAUUGUGCAUAAUGGCAUUUUUGCUCACCUGAGGUGAUUAGAAAAUUAGACUUGACGCAUGGUUUUGACAAGAGUAUUUAUACUUUGUUGUUGUAUGACUUUUAAUCAGCUUGACAACCUUUUCCACCAAGCAUUCCAAGGGAAUGAAAUUGAACUUAAAAGGAUGGAGAAUGUAAAGAUUUCUGCAAAAAAUAUGAUGCAGUGGUUUUUAAGCAAGUAAGUACAGAUGUAAAAUGGAGGUGACACAUCCUAAACGUUAAAUAUAGAUUUAAAUACUUACUAUCAUUAUUACAAGCAAUAAAAAGUACUGAGCAGUUUUCUUUUUUUCCUGUUUAUAGGACAUUCAUUGUAGAGAGACAGCCUCCUCAAGUUUUAAAGAAAGAAACAAAGUUUGGUGUUGUUAUUCGGUAUGAAACCAAGCACUACGUCAAUGCUGUUUUUUUAUCGCACUUACAAAAUGACUUUUACACUUACUUCUUCUUUGAAGUUGUAUUGAUUAGUUAACUAUCAGAUAGUCUUGACAAGUGAUAAAGGAAGAAUACCAGCUAAUUAGCACUGAUUUGUCUCACUAAUUUACAGCAAGCAAGGUUUAACCAAAACUGUUUUUCCUGAACAGCAAAUUAAACGCAACAGAUUUUGCCAGACAGGAAUCCUCUUGUGACAUGUGUUUCAGUUAACCGAUAUAUAUAGCACGGUUUUAUAGCACGGUCCCCAAUAGCUUUUUCGGGAUCCAGGAAUUUCAUUCUUUGAUGGCCGGGAUUCGGGAUUUCAAAGCAAAAUGAUGGCGAGAUUCGGGAUUGAAAGUAUGCACGGGGUGCGGGAUGCCGAAAAUAACGACCGUCUCCUCGGGAUAACGGGAUUGAACGAAAAUUUGGGUCGGGAUAACGGGAUUGAAAAACCUUAUUGGGCCAAUGAGGACCCUUAUCUAGGGGCGAAAUCUGUUUUCGGGAUUUGUGUUCGUUGAAAGGAUCCCAAAGAAUCUAGAUUUCUAGGUCUGAAUCCUGAUUCCCUGUUAAAGGCACCCUAUAUUUACAGUCGUUUCAUUUUAAACAGGCAUCUGAUUGGUGACAAGCUCAAUGUAUUGGUACACCCUCCAGAAGUCAGUUGUUCCUUGCUUUCGUAAGUACUUCUUCACUUCCCACUCUUUCGUAAUGUCGUAUGCUCAAAUAAACUAAUGUUUGUUGUAUUUAAAAACUGAUUUAGAGAAAAGCAAGCUCAGGCUUUUUACACUGGGAAAUCUCCUAAAAGGUAAUUUCAAUUUUAAUAUCAUUAAGCGUGAAAAACUUCUUCUCCUAAAGAGAGUAUGAAACAUGUUCUCCUCCAUGUACUCUGUUUAUAUAUGAAAUUUAGUGGAAUAAGACUAAGAAUCAAUUUCACCUUAGCUUUUAGUAAUCUCCAACUUUUGCUUUUCCUGAACUAAAUCAACCAACGUUGUUAAGUUGGGUUUUUGAUGAACUAAAUGACUUCUGUUUACAAGUAGGAGAUUUAAGUUUGCACCUAAGCGCCUCUUUGUAGCCGUUUGCUAAAAUGGGACUGAACGAAGUAGCUGUUUUGAGAACUGGGAAGUCUCGUGUUUGACCAACUGACGUCUGUCAUUUUCGCGCCAAAACGUUCACUAGAUUCCGUUAUAGCAAAGUUUGUUGAGCCGCGCGGUUAACAACUCACACUUCGGUCCGCCAGGAAGCCGUGCUGGCGUGUUGUUUCCUCAGACAAGAAAUUUUGCUUCUCUUUCUUUCUUUUCAUCCACGCGUGUGCAAAUGGAAACCGGCGACGUACUACCGGGAUAAACCCUACGAUGUACUAGUUUCCCAUCAGGUAGUGGGGAGGGCAGGAUUGGGUUCAUGCUACUUAAUCUGGGAAUAAUAUCCAACCGUGUAGGCCCCAUGACUUGUUCUGUGCCGUGAAAUGACCAAGCUGUUCAUAGUCUCAUUAAUGCGCCCAUGGUGAAUACUCCGCGGAGUUCACGGCAGGCGGUAUUGAGUAACCUAACUUUGCACUUUACACCAAGAGAAGAUCAUAAAUUAUCUGUACAUGUAUUCAGUUGACUUCUUUUUCAACAGUGUGUCAGCCAAUACCAAUCCCGUGCUGAACCAUAAAAAGGCGAGUACUUUGGUCAACAACACAUGGUUUUAUUUAUUUUAAACAAUGAUUUUCUGACUUGUCUUGCUAAUAAUGUUUUAUCCUUCUUUGUCUCUAGACGCUGGAGUUCAAUCAAGUCACGCGCAAACUCAUAGCCGAAUUUAAGAACUUGGUAAGUAUAUUUCAGCUUACUACUACGGGUAAAAUCGUAAUCGCAUUUUUUUAUACGUCAGGCUUUCUGUUCGCACUUAACAGACGACCACAAAUUCGAAAACUCCAGUGUGGAUGGAGGACACUUGUAUACAGCUAGCCCUUUCAUUUCAAAGAAUUUAUCCGGCUCAGUGUGGACAGAGUCAACGCCAAUACAAACUACUUCAUGAUCCUACUUUAAAUCUACGUAUUCAGGGAUCACAGGGCAGUAAAGUUUUCCCGCCAUUUGUAAUGCUUGUGUUAAUUUUUAAACAAUAUUGAGGUGGCGUAUUCAGUAACUCGCUAAGCGCGCUUGUCUCUUAUUAAUAAUAAUAAUAAUAAUAAUAACAACAACAACAACAACAAUAAUAAUAAUGGCUUUAUUCAGCAAAUCCACUAGGUGGCUCUUCAUCUUCUUGACUAGUAUUUGUCGCGCGAGAUACGCCACGUAAUCUGUCAGAAAAGGUCUUUUUUUCUAAUUGUUAUUUUUGUCAUUUAGUCACUAACCAAAGCAACAAGACAAGGGGGCAAGAACAAAGAAGUGGUUACAGAAGAAAAAUCGGCGCUUGUUUUUACUACGCAGAUCACCCUUGGAAAGGAGCAGUUUAAUAUUUGGGUGAGGAUAGUGGUGACUGCUUUGCAAUACCAACAAAAGAACUUUAUAGUGUGCAUGUCAAAUCUUUAAUAGGGCGCUCUACAACAAUAUAGCUGUCAAAUGGUCGGAUCAUGUGUCUAAUCCGUGUUGAGAUUGAUUAAGCUGACGGUGGUCAGUGUUCCUCCGAUCCCCUGAUAAUCAAAAUUCAUCGUCGUGUGUAAUAGGUGCGGUCACACUAGCGCUUUUACCCAUGGGCAAAUGGCUGUUGCCCAUAGGGAAGCAACUAUUUGUGUGUGAACGAUUUCCCCAAGGUGAAAUUGCCUCGGGGAAAUUACCAUAGAUACAUCAAAAAGAACAAAAGAGUUACCCAUGACAUUUCCCAAGGUAUGAAGUUCUAAAGCGGCUCAAUAAAUCACGAGAAAGUGAAAUGUACCAAACAGCAGAAAUCAGGUGUUGUUCACGUGUUGUAUUCGCCUUGGCGCCAAGUCCUACGCGAAACAGCACUCAAAGUUCUAAAACUCAGCAGAUUUUGCUUUGAAAAUUGGUACGCGGUUUAAUAAAUUCAAAAGGACCUUGAAACACUCCCAAUUCUGAGGUCGUUGCAGCCAUUUUUUAAACUCUUACUUUUGACUUUUGAGGAAAGAUUCACCUUUCUUUUUUUAACCCGAAUGAAGUCGGCGUAUUCGUUUUUGGUCUUAAAAUUAAAGUCUGAGUCACUUUUGCUAAGCUACAUUGAUGUGGUUUCAUUAAAAGAUGAAAUUAAAAAGAAUGGACUGAAACCGCUUACGAUUUCUGUCAGCCUUAAAUGUUUACAACGAGGUUCCCGCGAAACCUCAUGGGUUCAAGUUGUUUCUUUGCCUUGGGUAAUUUGUUGCUGUGUGACCGCAAAUAUGAAAGUUAUUAAAACCCAGAGUGAACCCAACCCAAGCUAUUUCCUCAUUGGGAGCCUUUGGGAAGACGUCCAGUUUGACCGCGCCUAAUAUAUCAGUAUAUUUUGUCUUUUUGUACGUGUCCAGGUAAUGUCAGUUCCAGUAGUUGUCACAGUGCACGGUAAUCAACAGUGUGACGCCGAAGCCACCAUCUUCUGGGAAAACGCUUUUUCUGAAAAGGUUUGUCACAUACCAGAACACAUCCAACUAACAUCCGAGAAAGCUACAGGGUGGUUACAGUUACCUGACACAAACGGCACUAAUUAAUUUCCACUCAUCGAUCUUUGCCCCGAUUUUUACAAGUACAACUAUUUAGCAAUUAUUGAAUUCGGCUUUCGUACGAUGUGAAGAAUUAUGCAGCUCGAGAAGGAUGUUAUCCACCUCAGCUGAAGGCCGAGGUGGAUAGCAUCCUCCGAGAUCUGCAUAAUUCUUCACAUCAUACGAAAGCCGAAUUCAAUAAUUGUUUUAUUAUUCAUUCGAAAUAUUUCUCCGUUCUUAACAAGCUUACGUCAUCGUAGAAUAGUGGCGUAUUUCUCGGCGCGGUUUGAGGAUGUAAACAGAUGUUUUUCCUUGCAGAUACAUCUAAAAAGUAGAUAACUUCCAUCGAGCGAUAUGUUUUGCUUAUUCUUGCAUUUAUUCUGUGCAGUUUUAGCCUGAAAUUCAGCUACUUCGUCUUCGGAUGGCCGUGAACGCCAUUUUUUAGUUCACUGUGAAUAAACAGCUAGUCAGCUGCGCCUUGAAACAAGGUUGAUCAAUGGUCUAUUGCCCAUGCGGCCUCGUUUCCAAUCCAAUAUACCAUCGAUCAACCUUGUUUCCAAAUAAAUAUACCAUCAAUGGAAAAUUGCUCUCAUCUUCCAAAUUUGGUCAGCGGCACCGUUUUAUUAUGAAGAAUUAGACGAGGGCUUUGAGCCAAACAGAAACGGCGAAAUAUUUUGAAUGAAUAAUUAUUAAUAAUCCAAAUUUUACCAUUAGUGGCAACCUAAGAAGGAGCUUAAGCGAAGCAGUUUUUACUGAAUCAGUUACGUUAAACUUUUCAAUUUCCCUUCACUUCAAUAAAGCAAAAGAAUUUGAUAAGGUUUUAGGCGAGAUUCUACUUGUAUAUUUAACCUUUAUUGGGUUACCUCCCAUGUAGUUUCAUGAAGUUAAUUUGUUUUAUUUAGGAAAGGAAGUUGUUUGAUGUCCCAGAUCAGAUUGAGUGGCCUCGUCUUGCUGAUGCUCUGAACAAACGAUGGGUGCUUAGCAACGGCCGCGAACUCACACCAGACUGCGUUGCUUAUUUGGGAACCAAACUUUUUCCAGGUAAAACCCUCCGGUCAUUACUACAGCGUAUCUGCUUUCCUUUUAUUUAAUGAAAGGUCGCAAAAUUCAUUACCCACUCUUCUAUCUUUUUGCUUUUGUUUCUGGUUUUUGUGAAAGCACUCUUCCAAGCAUUUCUGAAGUAAUAAUUUGAACUACAAGCGAAUUAUUUGGCCAAUCAGAAGAGAAGGGUCUAACUCUGAUUGGUGUUUGUUUUGAUUGGGUCACCAGAUGUCUGGUGGAGUAAAGCCUUUCGUGUAAACAAAGUACAUACUGUGCGAGAAACAUUAACGCUGCUUUUCGUUUCUCUCCAGGGAAAAUGGAGGGAGGAUUAGACAACGCCAUGGUGACAAGGCAAAUGUUAAACCGAGUGAGCAUUGUUUAUGGUUUUUAUCUACACGUUUGAAAUUUCACGUGCAAUAUAUUAUGGUGGAGGUGAAGAGGGAAUAAAGUGCAUCUUAAAGGCAAAUUAUAUCCACGGAACAAAGUUAUUUAUUGCUUGAAGCAGAGGAGCGUAAAUUACGCAGCAUUAUCUCUGCCCUAAACUCGCUUUUGGCUUUUGCUUAUCAGGAUCACAUGAAUGGCCGCUCAUUCUCUUUUUGGAAGUGGUAUUAUGGAGCUUUGGAUGUAGUCUACAGACGAUUGGUGGACGAAUGGAGAGAUGGGUAAGUAACAUCCGAAGCUCAACGGCUAUUGGUUAUAAAGAAUUUUUUCCUCUUUGAUAUCAUUCAUAACUUGGGUCCUCACUAUGUGACGCACAUUUUGCAUACUUCUCAAAAACUUGCUAUUUUCCUCUGCUCCUUGAACGCUUAAAACCUUUUGAAUAAGCAUGAGUUUGGUUUGAUUCUAAGUUAUGCUGCAUUUAUAAAGUUGUUUUCCUUGUGGUUAAUUCCGAGACCUCACUUAACACCAGCUCAAAAAUGCAAUUAUACGGACAUUGUGGUGUCCGUUUAGGGAUACUUCAUUUGGGUUGCGUUCCUUUGGGAUUAUUGGGAUCAGGAUUUGUGAACCAAGAUGACUCAGAUCGUGAUUGAUCAGGGGAACCAACGAAUCCUCGUCCAGAUCGGGUGUCAGUUCCAUUUGAUGCACCAUUGUCCAAGUGACGUUGAGUCAUAAAUCCUGAUCCACAAAGCAAAUUCCUUAUGCUAAAAGACUGGAUUAUUUCUUCAUUUGCGUGUGAUUCCGUGUAUAACAAUAUAUUUAAGCAGGGAUCCCAUAAAAAACCUACCAAUCUAAACGAGUUACUUAUUUGACUGUGUAGGCACGUGGCUGGUUUUGUCAGCAAACAGGAAGCACAUGCCAGGCUCAGAGGGUGUAAUCCUGGUACAUUUAUACUGCGCUUCAGUGACAGUGAGCUGGGUGGUGUCAGUGUUGCUUAUGUUUCUAUGAUUGAGACUGGUGAGUCCUGUGUUUACUUGAAUACAAAUAAAUGUUCGUAACAGAAAUAAAUACACCAGAACCCUGAGUUGAUAGGCCAGAUUCGAGUUAUUAACAUUCAUACUUGGCGCCGAUACUAAGGGUUAUGAAACGAAAGAAAUUGCAUAGUUUAUUUCUUUUGUUUUAUUCCCUUUCAACUUAAAACAAUCAAACAACAACAGAAGGCUUUUAAAAGGGUUGUUAUCAAUUGAAAUUUGAAACGCUCGUUACGCGCAGAAAUUGCCGCCAAAGGUGCUAGCCUGCUAGUUUUUGCGUGCGCAUAUUUUUCAGGUGUACAUAUCACGCUGUCUUGUAAAAGACCUGAGGUCAAUUUAAAGAAGCUUUUACAUAAUUGUGUAAUUUACAUGUUACACCGAAUUUACACUGAAUUUUUUGUAAAAUUGACCUCUGAUCAUUUUACUUAAGUUUUCCACCUGAAACGCCGCGUCGUGUCCUUAGCUUCGAGCGAAGUAUGAGUUUUGGUAAUACGAAACUGGCCUAUUAAGUGUAGCCCAAUCAGACGAGCAGAAUUAGCAAAAUAGCUGCCCUUUAGUUUUGCCGAGAUAUGUCAGUCAUGAUCUCGAGCAAUGAUGUUUGUCCUCUCUUAUCUCCGUACCUCUCUUCAUCUGCUCAACAAAGGCCGUAUAGCUUCUGCUUGGUCCAGUAGCUUAACAUAAGUUGGCUUCCAUUGUUUUCUUCCUUAUGCAGGUUGAAUAGUGGAUGUAAGAAAACGGUAGAGAGGUUUGCUUGUCAGAAUAUCCUUAACUAGCUCUUCUGUUUUCCAGGUCAGUGUGAGGUGUUUGAUGUCGAGCCUUGGACAAACGCUCACUUGCAAAUGCGAAAGUUUUCUGACCGGCUCAAAGACUUAAGGGAGCUAGUUUAUCUUUAUCCAAACAUAGAUAAGGACGCCGCUUUCAGCCAAUACUACACCAAUGACGGUAAGUAUAUUUAUCCGUUUGCAAGAUAAUUGGCUUUCAUCAACCCCAACCCCCCCCGCACCCCAGCCGUAGGUUAUGUUUCAAGGCAUCGGGGAGGGUGGAAAGUUCACAAUGCCGGAUAGGAGUGUAAUAAGCAAUGACAUUUCAGCCUGUUCUUUCCCCGGGCCGACACUUCUCCUUUUGAUCAAGAAUUGCAUGGGUUAAAUUAGUUUAAGUUUUGUUUUCCUUUGCUUCAAACUCGGUUAUCUUACAUUACCCUAGCCAAAAACAAAAAGGAAAUAAAAUUUAAAAGACGAUAAAUUAGAACCACAACUUUUAGAAUGUGCUCCACGUUGUCAUUGUCAUUUCUGAAGGUGGUUGCAUUGAUACUUGUGUCUAAGCUUGUUUUUUUCUCCCAUGAAUGAAAUGCGAAAUUUAUUAGUUGGACCUUAGUGGCGUGAACCCUCUAAAGGAGUUGCAUUUUUCUUUACAUAGAAAACGUUUCCGCCGAAGGACGCACAGGAUACCAACCAGCAGUUUUGGCCUUAAGACUGGUCGGGUAGGUACCCUGUAUGCGACGGUAACUUCUAGUCACGUUUAUAACGGUAUAAGCCAAGGGUGAGAAAUCAAAAAGGGCCCGCUGUAUGAAUGAAGAACGUCAGGAACAGGGCAAUAUAUAACUUUAGACUUUUCAAUAUACACCGUACUUGCAAUGUCGGUGUCACACUAUUCAAAUCACCUGCUAUAAUGGUUACACAAGCGAAAAUUUUAAUCCAAUUUAUGGAUCUAGUACUUUUGUCGCUGCAAGUCGUUGCGUAUGCUCGUCGUGUUUUCGCUUUAUAUAGAUGCAGGAAACUGAUGAGCAUAAGGUGUCUUCCGUUCAUAACAAUAACAAAAAAGAGGAAGGAAAAGACGGAGAUAGUAGUGUCGUGACAUGCUUUUGUUGGUGACAUUUAUGAAUUGUUUGUUUUCUGUUCUGUUCAGUAAUCCAGGCGGCAGAAGUCCCAUGCACCAGGGAUCACAAGAUGGUAGCAUGGUAAGUGUUUUUUGUUGUUGUUGAAUGUUUUGUCUAUUUAUUUUGUAUUAGAAGUAAUAACUGUCUCUUGCUUGUCUAAUUUCCGUAGUAAUUUCUUUUUUCGUUGCCUAGGAAACUCCGUCAACAAGCUCGUUUCCAGUUACUGGUUUUCCAGAUAUGUCUUAUGGUGGUGGCUUGUAUCCAGGCUCCCCCGCUUCUCCAGCUUCGCCCCAGUCUGUCGCCUCUACCGUUCUAGAUACUGACCUCGGUUUGGCAAACCAGGAAAUUGUGGGCGACUUUGGUCAGCUGGCGUCAGAACUCGCUUUGAGUAACGUGUUUCUUAGCGGUCUUCACCAGGGAAUUAACCCUGGUCCUGCCAGUUAUCUAUCUGCAAUGGCGGCGGCCAUGGGUGAUGACUGCUUUGCAGAUCUUUUGCUCUCAGAUGACGUUAAUGCCGCGCAGCCGCAGUAGAGGCUAGUUUUGAACCUUGGAGACAGUCGAGGAAAAAAGUCACCGUUUCUUGCGCAUGUAACUGACACCAUAUAUCUGCCAACCGGUAAAUUUAGUGAACACAGUUAAAAGGCAGCUGGGAGUGCGUUCGAUCGAUCAAAAAUAAGAAUCAGUUUUCAGAGAAAUGUUAUGGAAUGAAAUAAUAGAUACAUCAUGCUAAUAUGUGAAUAAUGUAUGUGAGGCAGUUGUGGAGGUUUCAUGGAGAAAUGGAUGCCUCAAUAUGUUAAUUCCAUUUAUUCCAUUUUCGGACAACAGUUAAUUGAACGCGUCUCAGAUAGAAAAGGCACUUUUUUCCUCGACUGACGGUAUAAAGGUUUCGUAUGAUUAAGUGGUCUCUUAUUCGAAAUGGCUUCGUUUUAUGGCGACAAUGGAGUUUAUUUACUUUUUUCUGGACCUGAAUGUUUUAUGCAGGCGAAAACUUUAAUGGUUCGGUCUAAAAAGACAUCCCGCGAAAAACAGGCCAAGAUAUGCGGCUCAUAUUCGUCUCAAGUUUACGUAUCGUUGGCGAGAAGCAAGUGAGACGUCCAGGGGACGUAAGAGAUCCCUUUGUACACGGGGCGAUUCUUCAACCGGUGUAUUUAGUGAGUGACAAUAGAGAGAGAAAUUAUAGUCCAGACUUGGAUUGUAAUUAUUUAUCAGUCUCUAGUGGGACUAGCCAAGAAAAUAUUAAAAGUCUUUAUUUUGCGCAGCAAAUUAUAAAGUGCUAAGUUAUAUCACAGAUUUUUCAAAGAAUUGAAUUUUCCUUUUCAAGUAUAAACUUACAGAAAGUUUAAAAUCAUGUUUUAAACUGCAGCAGUGGUCGCGUGAGUGAUUGCUGGGUGUCGGCGCGCUUCAGUUUUCGUGUUUAGUUUAUCGCACACUGCAGUACAGGAAAGAAUUUUGUCUCUCUUCCUACAAGGAAACUAUUCUCAUCUUGUUUCCAACCUUUGAAUAGAAUUCCGGAGGUUAUUUUAUCUUCUCCAAGGUUUAAUAACUAGACCUUAGCUCAUAGUUAUUCAUUAACUGUGCUUCAGUGACAGAUAUAGAUGUGUCAAUUAAACAAUUUGUUUUUAGCUUGGGUCCUCUUGCAAACCUAUUUCCUGAAAAAGGUUUGUACCAGGCCAUGCAGGGGCAUUUCAGACCCUUUAAAACACAGCUUAUUUCAUGUUUUUAUGUGUCUGUUUAGAACAUCUUUUUUCUUUUCAUUUGAAUAAUUUUAAGGUUUUAUGUUACCUGUUUUAAAGAGCGACAGUACUUUCUUCACGUUGUUCUGUUUUCUUUCGACAUUCUGAUGUUCAGAAUCCUUGUUACCUCUCAGAAAACCUUUUUUUCCGGAACAGAACCUCGUAGAGGCCGAUUUUUUUAACAGUGCUUACCUACCUACAAGAAAUUCAUGCCGAGAGUUUGUUUGGGAGAGUUCGUUAAGAUGUCCCUUUCAUUAGAAAGCUAUUUUUGCGACGUCCCAUGCGAGACUAUUUGGACAAAAGGCAAAAUUUUGUAACUGAAAAAUUCCUGUAGGAAGGUAUCGUGAACUUUCGUCAUUGGACUAAACCUUUUCAGGUGCUAUAAAUACCGUAGUCAAAGUUCAACAACGAACCUUUGGGAAACGUUACUAGGCUGGUGGGCUUUUCUAGGCGUCGUUCAGGCGAUAAACUAACUGUCCAUUUGCUUGUUAUUUGUUACUCCUCCCUAUUAGUUAAAAAUGUGCUUAGCAAAUGUAAAAAGCGCGGGAAUGUAAACAUAUACCAGGGCUGUUGAUUGUAAAAUAAAAGAAUCGGAUGCAAAGUGACUUUGUUAAAAUUUAGGUGG